CUCGAGCGCGCGCUCUCCCGUCCCGCGGCCUCGCCACGGCGCUGAAUUUGAUUGACGCUCCGGUUCUGCCGGCGAGCGGCGGCUCGCUCCCUCCCCCGCCCCCAGCGGAAGUGAGCGGUCACCUUUGACCCCAGAGCUGCAGCAACGGCGCGGCUCCCGCCCGCCCUAGCGACGGUUGUCUGGCAACGGGCCCGCGGCGUCGCUGCCCGCCGCUGCCGCCAUGGACGCGGCGUCGCUGCCCGGCGCCCUGGACCUGGUGGCCAGCGGCGGCGCGGGGCUGAGCCCGGAGAAGCGGGCGGCGCUGGGGGCCUCGCUGCCGCUGCUGCAGCGCGACUACCGCUUCGAGCGGGUCUGGUUCUGGGGCCGCAUCCAAGGCCUCCGCGGCGCCUAUUACAUCGCCGAGGGGCUGGGCCCCGACCGCGCCGCGCCCCGCAGCCGCCUCUACAGCUUGAACUGCGUGGAGUGGAGCCUCCUGCCGCCGGCGAGCGAGGAAAUGGUUGCGCAGGCUGAGAAGCUGAAGGGCCGCUUCCAGGGGGAUCCCUCUUUUGAGUAUGAGCUCGCUGAGAUAAAGGCAGAAGAUGCCGAAAAAUUAACUGAAGAUGGGCAGGAGCCCGUGAUCAAGGAGGAGGCCCGCCUUGUAGCUACGAUAGAACAGAUAGAUAAAGCAGUUGGUAUCAUCCCCCGGGGUUCAUUUGUGAAGACUCCUCUGGGGUCUGUGCAUGAAAACAGAAACUUUGAAGGUCUUUCUUUGACGGAGGCAAAAAAGUUAAGUUCCUAUUUUCAUUUGACUGAGCCUGUUAACCUGAAGAAUAAAACUCUGCUGGAAAAGGCUGACCUGGACCCAUCUACAGACUUUCUGGACUCUCUGGAGCAUGAUAUCCCAAAAGGUUCCUGGACUGUGCAGCUAGAGAAGGGAGGCGUCGUAGUGGUGCUGAGGAGCCUGCUUUGGCUGGGACUGACUUUCUACCAUGUGCCAAUGACCAAGCAAUAUGGCUACGUCUACUUCGGCACUGGUGAGAAGAACUUAGAUCUGCCCUUCAUGCUGUGACCCUGCCUGGGCUGAUGACUCAAAAGUGUUUAGAUGUUAUCCUUUGAGAUCUGUGUUUAUUGCUUAUUCUAAUAAAUAUAUGAAACCUC